AUGGAUCGAGAGGGAGCAAUGCCAAGUCAAGAUCUGGAUAUGACUGCUAGUGCUGAACUCGGAGAUGAAAGGACAGACUCACAUAAGCCAGCUUCAGAGGAUCAGAGAGGGAUGGUCAGAAUACGCCCAGCCAUCAAGGUAUCGAGAGUAGCAGAGAAGGUGGAUUUUGAAAGCGGUGACGGAUCCAGUGAAUGUAAAGUAUGCUGCACUCCUGGCCCUCCAGGACUACCAGGACCAAACGGAAAGAAUGGACUUCCAGGUCUCCCUGGUGAAAAUGGAGGUUUUGGAAGUCCAGGAAGACGACCGAGGGGGCCUUGCCAAGAACAUACAUCUCAACUUUGCAAGGAAUGUCCACAAGGAGAAGACGGACCGAAGGGGCUGAAAGGAGAGCCAGGAACACCCGGACCACCCGGUAUUCCUGGGUCCAGAGGACUUAAUGGACUGCCAGGAAUAGCAGGGAGUCGAGGCGUUCGUGGACCACCUGGACUGCCUGGCCCGCCAGGUAUAGAGGGCGACUUCGGAGAAAUUCCUGAUGUUGAACCUCCCUUACCAGGAGAACCGGGACCUCCAGGACUUCCCGGUCCUCGCGGGAAAGGAAUGCGAGGAUCUCCAGGUGUUGAUGGAGCUCCAGGUCCGGAAGGAGAGCCAGGAAUUCACGGUGCGGUGGGCCCGCCAGGAGGUGCAGGAAUGUGCCCCACGUAUUGUGCAGUGGAUGGAGGAGUAUUCAUUGAACCAGACAGGGGAAGAUUUAAUGGAUUCAGUAAGCAUUGA